AUGGCAGGUAAAGCCAAACACAAAAACAAAUCCAGAGGUAAUGCCAAAAAGAAAACUUCUGGCAAGUCAGUUUCCAGGCCAUCCAUCUCCCUCUUCAGACUUCUAAACACCAGCCUCAGGUCCUCGGCUACUCGCGACUCCAAGAACGAGAAUCCAUCUCAGGGAGCUGAUAUAGGUCAGUUCUCUGAGGAGAUUUCUAGUCAACUCGAGUCUGCCUACCAAAUCAGAGAAACUUCAGGAGUCGAGUUAUCACUUCCCCUUCCCCAGGUCCCCGAGCAAGACGAACCCGAAGACGAAAACCACAGCAACAACAACCAGACUGCCCCCGACGCAGAUACUGUCGCGCAGAGAUCCCCUAGGGCAAACUCCUUCACCAGAAGACUGAGGUCCUUCACUGGGGGCUCUGCGACGUCCAUUCAGUUGGCGAGAAGUCUCAGUGAUAAGCAACCCCAAUCCCCCAGCAAACAAUCCCAAGACGGACGCUCGCUGCGAUCUGAUUCCGUCGCUACUCAGAACACAAACAGGAGCGCUACCAGCACCUCGAGCACUCUGAAGAGCGUCCUCCUGAGUCCAAAAAAGAAUAGGAGCAGACCUGCUGCCAAGCGUUCGUUCACGGCUCCGUCCGCGAAAUACUACUACGGUUCACCUCAGGAUUUCAUGUUCGUCGACGCUGACUUUGGAAAGUCAAAGGAAAAACCAGUCCACGACGGUCCUCUUCCCCGCUCUAAAGACGCAAUGAGACAAAUCUCGACCAAGCCCCAGACCUCCAAUGGAGAGCUACAGGGAGAAUAUCACAGAGUUGCACUGCACGCCAAAGUCCCAGCCAGAGCUCGUCAGAUGGCGAAGGACACAUUCGAAGAACUCAUUGAUUAUAUCCGCAGCGUCACCGGCACCGAGGUGAAAUUUCGUGACCUGAGUGAAUCGGAGGCCCAUCGCGUGGACGAUGUCAGAACUUGGGAUUCUGUCAACCUGCGCUGCACUAGCUGUCGCGUUGACUGUGGUCUUUGCGGCGCCGCAUGCUGCGUGUACGAGAACGCCAGACGGACUGUAGCCAAGGCUGGCCCUGGCGCCGACGGGGUUGCUCGUGAGCGUGCUGCAAAGGCGAGCCAGAUGAUCAAGGUCAUUGAGAGUCUUGGACCUCAGGCAAAGGACGUGAGCACCUUCUCUUUGUGCAGUCAGCCAGGAGGUUGUGGCCGCUAUGAAUGCAAGCCUAACCCUUGGGAGAACUGCGAUUGGCAUGAUUGA